CGUUAGACUGGGGUUGGUAUUACACCGUUUUUUUAGUUUUCUGACUUGAGGUUCUUGCCUUUUUGCAUGGUUUCAUAAAGAAUGAAUUGUUUUGUUCGCGAUGUUAUCAUUAUCAAUUUUUAUUAUUUUACAAAAACAUCUGCCCCUCUCUUUAAAGAUCUAUGUCAAUAAAGAAUGUUAACCUUUCCAUCAGCACUCUUGCAGAGGUGUGGUCUGAGGCAACUUCUAGAAGUCAUACCCAUGGUCAAGCCCAUGGUCACACCCAAUGUUCUUGCAUUUGUGUUAAAGAUUCUCUGCUGUGUAUAUGAAAUUAUUCAAACUAUUCGCCUACUCCAAAAGGAUGGUAGGAGAUACUCAUUCAUGGAAAAGCGAGAGCAUCUUAAAGAAUUAAUUGACAAUACCAAGUAACGAAUUUGUCAACUAGACAUAUACUGGCUUGUUUUAGAGAUAGAAUCAAGCCCUCUAAAAUUCUCAUCUAAAAUUCUCUGAAUAUUAACAAGGGGCUGAGCACCUGAGCCCAUCCCUCCCCCCACGUCACUCCUGCUCUUUUGGCACUUUUGGCACAUCUUGCGAAACUCUCUCCCUUGAUCCUUGAUCAACAACUCAGACAGGAUAUCAAACUUUCCAUGACUUCUAUUCAUUCGUACCACCUUAUGUAUUGCUGCCGAAAUAAACCAAGGGCAAACCAAGCUUUACGAACCUUUUAAUUAAUCAAACUAUUGUAUUUCCUUUCCCUGUAUGUACGUUCAAGGUAACUUUUGACGUCAUCGAUCACGUGACUUCCUGGAAAUAUAUUUUGAAUCCAAAUCGGAAAAAUCAAUCAGUUACCGAUAUAUAACCACAUUCUGUAGUCAGAAUGAGUAUUAAGCACUUGCUUAGAUUGUCAAAAUAACUUCCAUGUUUGUUAUAUAGAAAUUACAUCGUAAACAGUGUUUCUAGUCGCUUCAUUUGUAGCAUUCCAAGUGAUGACAGUCUCGCUUAUUCUUGACAAAAAGAGAAGUUUUUCAUCAUUUUAUAGCGUUUUGCGUUAAUGGAUUGAAGUUUCGAAUUUUUCGUCAUCAAAAGAUUCCCUCAUGGGCCGCUAGUAGAUAUGUUGCUUGACUAAAUGAUCUGGUAACGAGUUUGCGUCGCCAGACGCUAAGUUAAAAGAUUAGUUCACCUAGUCAUGUAUAUACAAUAGAAACUAGAACGGCAUAGAAAACUUAUGACAUUCAACUAGUACAGGGAAAAGUAAAACAGCCCGACGAUUUCAAGGACAAUUUAAAGUAAGGUUUCUAAAGGUAUAGAUUUUUUCAACUGUAUGGAGAGAGCUGCUAUGUUGGUUCAGUUGCCUAAAGAAAAAAUAAGGUCAAAUUUUCUUUUUGCAGAUUAGUUCAUUUUACUGUGUGGUUUAAUUUAGGUAGAAUGAAGCUCCAGGACAGCUGAGGGUGUUGUAAAGCCACAGCAAGAUUGUCAACAUUGUCAACAAGCUACAAAUUUGUUUAAUGAAUAAGAUAAGACUGACUCAAUUAUUUUGCUUACAGAUGUUUAUCAGAAGUUUACAAAUUUUAUGAAGAAUCGGCCUAGUGACUUUGAAAAUUAUAACAACGUUGUUAGUGAUGAAAUGGCUAAUUGUAAGCACGGUAAUUUUAAUUUUUAAAGCCUUUUAUAUAAACAUGUUUUAUUUGUUAUUGUGUAUGCACUUUAUUCUGAGUAAAAGGUUGAUUAAAAAGAACUUUUCGUUAAUAAUUUAUGCAUAUGAAGGUAAUAAAAGAUGAGCAAAGAAGAUUGACCUGCAUGCACCAUUGGGAGAGCAGAAUCCCCAGGAGGAAAGUCUCAAGUGGCGCUGUAGCAAACUGAAAAUCAGUGCCAAAAAAGACAAAAUGAAGUUGAAUGUCUUUAUUCGGAUCCUGAUCAUGUGGUUUUGCUGUCGAGAUACGCAAGGAUAUAUUCUGCGACUACCGUGCUACAGCUUCGGAAAUUUCAGCAUCGUAAGAGAAAGUUUUGAAUUAUUUGGACGAGUUGUGAAAACAUUUGAAGACUUGCUCGUCCAAGAAUGCAUGUUCGAAUGCGUUCGUCACCCUCAUUGUCGUUCAAUCACCACAACCGAUUCAGCCGGGGUUAACUGUAAGCUUCACGACAAAUCGGCAGAAGACCCAGGUGAUAACAGGAUAAUGUCACCGUCUUCUAACUGGACAUACAGAACAACAGAUCCCGGAGAAAAGAAUAUUGGAGAUCUCUGCCGAAUUACACAGCCAUGCCCGGUCAGUAUGACAUGCAGAGCAACGUGCGCCUGUCCUGGUUAUAAAUGUCAUCCUCGUCCAGAUGUAAUAUAUUCCAGCUGUCAGGACGCAUACAACAGGGGAAUGCGAGAAAGCAGGGCGUAUCCAUUGUAUCUUCAAGGCUUAGGAGCAUAUAGAGCAAGAUGUCAUAUGGCAACCCUAGGCCGUGUUUGGAUCGUAUUUCAACGCAGAGCGAACGAUAAUGUUGAUUUCUACCGUGACUGGGAAGAAUACAAGAAUGGAUUUGGUGAUCCACAAGGCAAUUACUGGCUGGGGCUGGAAAGACUGCACCACUUGGCACGGCCAGGUAAAGGUGCAAUCCUUCGAGUUGAACUUAGGCAAUGGUAUUUUACUUCCUACGCAAGCUAUAGCACGUUUGAAAUAGAAAAUGAAGAGAACCAAUAUAGGAUAAGAGUCUCGGGGUACUCAGGUACUGCGGGCGACUCGCUUUCUCAGCACAAUGGAGUGCAAUUCUCAACGAAAGAUAGAGAUAACGACUUGGCAUCAUUCCACUGUGCCAAGACGAGCUCGGGGGCAUGGUGGUAUAGUAGUUGCGGUGUUUCUAAUUUAAAUGGGGUGUAUUCUCCAAAGAGUCGGGCAGUUGCUGAAAAGAUGACCUGGUAUGCAACAAGCUCAUAUAGCGGAAUCUUUUUUUCAGAAAUGAAAGUAGGUUAUUUGUAACGAGAUCCAUAGGUGUUAGCCAUAAGCGUACGGCAGAGUUUUUACAGGGGGCGGUAGGAUUUUUGCCCGAGUACAGAGGCAUGCAUAUAUUUAUGAGCCUGUUGGUGAUAAGGAACUUUGACAUAAGAAUAUUUAAAUUAUGAAUUCUUUUUCACCGAAAUAUCUAAAGUAAAAAUAGUCAGUUGAGAGCAGAGCAAACCAAUCAGAGACAUGUUUGGGGGGGGGGGGGCAUGCUAUCCUUAUCGAUUCUUCUAUAAUGUCUACUGUUCAGAUCUAAAAGUUUGAUCUAGGUUUUUCAUAGAUGAGGGCAGCAAUGCAUAAUAUGUUCCAAUAUUUUACUUAAUAUCACUUAAAAUACUACUAUUAACUUUUGAAUUCGACUACAGUCAAAAGAAAUGUGCGUCCCGACCCUUUUCUAUGUCCAAAUGCAUCAAUCAUCGCCUUCAUGUCACUUUUCAAAACUUCGUUUCAAAAUUUCCGCUCGAUGCCAAGUAGGGCCAAAUUGCUCAGCUGUUCUUGGCCCAUGGUUGAUCUGAGAUAUGUUUUCAGAUCAACCAUGUGAUCUGAGGCCACUGAGUGAUCUUUCAGCUGAGCAUCAUGUUGCUGGAAUCGUUGCUAGCAAUGAUGUUGCUUCAUACAGGAAUGGCAGUACUUGAUGCAAACCUUCUUGAAACAUCUUCUGGACAAGCAUUGCUGCAUUAUUAACAUAAGAUUCAGAAGCGCUUUGCUUCUUGUAAUUUUAAAAAAAACCAACUUAUCAUUUUUAAGGCACUCUUGGUCGAUUUGGGGAGCCUCUUUUUCCGGAUAUACCUAGGGCCUCCAACAACCUAUCGCCUACCCUUCCAAUGUACCGUUAGCAUAACAAUUGCCCCAUAAAAUCAUAGGCACAAAAUAUCGUGAAGCAUUUUAGUGCGUUUUUCAAAUAAUGGUUUUUUAUCUAACAAAAAAUAUCAACUCAAGCCCCCCUCACUUUGAACUUCUUGGCGCCUCCCCUAGGCAAGAUUCUUAGAAGAUUUCAAACUUUAUGUAAAAAUCACAAACUCACCAUGGUGCACAUGAUAUUGCAAGCGUGGCUAAGAAGUGUUCAAAAGAAGAGGUUGAAAACAAAUUCCAAAAUGAGUUUAUCGUAGGAUCUUCAUUUUGCAAAUAUCACCUGGCAAUUAUUUCAUCGCAACAGGCACGUAAAUAAUAGGGGGGCGUGGGGGGCGUAACGCCCCCCCCAAAGUUUGGAAAAUCCAGUUACAGUUGGAAAACGUAACGGUUGACUUGGAAUUUUUUUCUUAAGACCAAACUUGUGAAUUUUAUAUUUUAAGAAGUUUUUUUAUUUUAAAUAUAAAAAUUCUAAACAUUAAAAUUCACAGACUGAAGCUGACCCAUCCAAUCGUUUUCUAUUGUGAAUCCCGUCUCCACUGGAUCCAAAUUGCACACUUGCCCCGUUUUCUUUUUCUUUCUUUCUGACGGGAGUUGAAUCAAAUUACGAACAGGCAAGGUGAACUUACGGAUAAGAAACUUGAAACUUACAGUUUGGAAUAAUAAUACCCGCAUUGAUGAGAAAAUAUUAGAGUGGGAAUUUUUUUAGAAACUACGAGUAGUUAAUUCAAUAAAAGAUUAAGAAUCUUUCAGUACUAAAAAUUCUCAACGCUUCUUAUAAAAAACGAGUUUAUGCUAAACUCCCCCUGUUAUUUGUUUAUGUCCUUGAGUCUUUAUCAUAAAUUCCUAUGACAAAACUGCUGUGGAGCAAGAACACAUUGCAAAAACUGCAGUAGAAGUAUUUGAUCAAAGAAGAGUAUUUCAUCUUUCGAAUCAGGCAUAUGCACAAG